AGGGAUGUAAUACAACAUGGACAAGAAGAUUCUGAGAGACCUUGCAACUUCAAGCUGCAGCAAGGAGAUACGAGAGCAGGUUGUGAGAUUUCUAUACCCGCACGUAAUCACGUGCAGGAAACGCGCUUAAUUUCCGCAGGUGUCUGAUUUGCAUUUUUAUCACACGCGUCAGCUCCACAGCUUGCAUUUAAGCAGCCAGUGGUAGUCCCAUGGCGGAGGAAGAAUUAAGGAGGUUUGACCAUUUGCUCUGCAACCAUUCAAUUAUCAGCGUCAUUCGCAAAACCCAAUUCCAUAAAGUGAUCACCAAAUAAUAAAAAUAUACCAAAUUUAUUAAGAAAGUAUGAAUCUUUCUGCAUUUCUUGUUUAUUUCCUUUGUAUAUCUACCUUCUCUUCAUCCCUAACCUCUGCCUCUGACUCUGUCUUUGCCUCCUCUCCAUCUCCUGCCGACCAACCACCAUGCCCUAUCGAACUUUCCUACGUCUUAACAAUCCCUUGGAACUCCACGGGUUGCAGAAACUAUUAUCGUCAAGAUGAUCCUGAGAGUCCCUGUUGCUUGAAUCUUUUGUCCCUCUUCGCCGUAGGCCUCUCCCAACACCUCAAGGACACCUCCCACUUUCGUCUAUCCGACUUGCAAACCUCCAUUUCUUGCCUCAGUGACUACCAGUCAAAGCUUUCUUCUUUCUCCCUCCCCAACAAUCUGGUCUCUCUCUGCUUUGACCCUAUGCAGUUCGUCAUCACUCCCAACACUUGUGCCCACAUCCAGACGACCCAAGAUUGGGUCUCCCAGCUCGGUGGUUCCACCCAGCUUGACACUGCGUGUCGUCCUGAUCUCACUGAUCUUACUCACUGCGAUGCUUGUCUCAACGCUGGAUUCAGUGUUCAGUCUAAGUUGAUCAGUAUUGAUGGUAACAGAUCCCAUGCCAAAGACUGUUUUUACUUUACUGUUCUUUAUGCUGCUGGUAUUGCUAAUGAGCUAGGGCCUCAGAGUAAUGGUGCUAUGACUUGUAUCCUUGCCUUGUCUCUCAACACCCAAGUGAGUUUGGCGAAGAAGGGCCAUCAGGGGCUUGUUUUUGGCCUGACUGGUGCUGGGGUUGCCAUAUUGGUUAUGUCUAGUUUGCUGGGACUGUACUUUUGGUAUGGUAGAAUACCUAGGAGGAAAAGUUUCAACGCGCCUGCUAGUUUUGGGACUGACUUGGAUGAACAGGGUUCUAGGUCAAAAUUGAGGCCAAAUACUGGUUCAGUGUGGUUCAAAUUUCGUGAUCUUGAGAGGGCGACGGAUAAUUUUUCACCCAAGAAUUUUAUAGGGAGAGGCGGGUUUGGAGUUGUUUACAAAGGGGUCCUGCCUGAUGGAACCAUGGUUGCAAUUAAGAAGAUUAUAGAGUCAGACUUUCAAGGAGAUGCAGACUUCCGCAAUGAGGUUGAGAUAAUUAGCAAUUUGAAGCAUAGAAACUUGGUGCCGCUUAGAGGCUGUUGUGUGGUUGAUGAAGAUGAGAAUUAUGGUAGGGGGGGUCAGAGGUUUCUUGUGUAUGAUUAUAUGUGCAACGGGAAUCUUGAUGAUUAUUUAUUUUCAGAUUUGGAUGAUCAAGUUGGAGUUCGAAACAAAUCCUUAAGUUGGCCUCAGAGGAAAAAUAUUAUCUUGGAUGUGGCUAAGGGGUUAGCUUAUUUACAUUAUGGAGUUAAACCUGCAAUAUUUCAUAGAGAUGUUAAGGGGACAAACAUAUUAUUAGAUGCUGAUAUGAGAGCCAGAGUGGCUGAUUUCGGCCUUGCAAAACAAAGUCGAGAAGGACAGUCUCAUCUUACCACUAGAGUGGCAGGAACUCAUGGAUACUUGGCCCCUGAAUAUGCUCUUUAUGGGCAGCUGACCGAGAAAAGUGAUGUCUAUAGUUUUGGCGUGGUCAUUUUGGAGAUAAUGUGUGGGAGGAGAGCUCUUGAUCUGUCUUUAUCGGGAUCACCCCGUGAAUUUUUGAUUACUGACUGGGCUUGGUCAUUGAUGAAAGCUGGGAAGGCAGAUAAGGCUUUGGAUCCUUUGUUGCUGACACACGAUGAUUCUCUAAAUUCGAACCCGAUGGGCAUAAUGGAGAGAUUUGUGCAGGUUGGUAUUUUGUGUGCUCAUGUAAUGGUGGCUUUGAGGCCCACUAUUCUGGAUGCCCUAAAAAUGUUGGAAGGAGAUAUUGAAGUUCCUCCGAUUCCAGACAGGCCAACACCUCUUGGGCAUCCUUCCUUUUAUGGUGAUGGCAACAUAUUCAGCAUUUCACCAGCAUUAAGUGGGCCAGAACUCCAUACUGGAGACAUGCUUAGGUUGUAUGAUGAUAAAGUCAAUGACACUUAACAAGACCUAAAAGUGUCAUUUCCACAACUGAAGAUUUCAAGAUAACUGCGAGAAAGAGCUCAUACCUUCGAAUUAGCUAGGAAGGAAGUAAGGAUCGCGUUUGAAUUUGUGGUCAACCAAGCGGAGAUGAAGGCGGAAGAAACCAGAAACUUGAAAUUGCAUAUGAAGAGAAGGCAAAGACAAUCUUGUUGUCUGUCUUUCUUGCAUUUAUCAACAAACAAAAGCAAUAUGCUGAUUUUCUCCGCAAGAAGGUAGUUUGGAAACCAAGUUAUGGUUUCCAGUGAUUUCUGCAGUUUUAUGAAUGGCAGGAGAUCAUGGAGUUGUUUCCCCCUUCUUAACAAGUACCAUAGUCUUCUAGCAUGUUUACAUUUGGACAUAUUUUUAAAAAGCAAAAGCUUGGUAAGUGUUAUGUGCUAGGCAGGUUUCUAGAGACAACAGAGCAGUCAGUGGUACCUCAUUGUAUUAAAUGCGUUGUUGUGGUUAAUCACCGGGUCCAGCAGCUUCACUGAAUUCUCGUAUAUAUUCUGUUAACAAUAAAAGUACUAUUUCCAGAAAAGGAAAGAAAAAGUAGCGGUGUGAAUAUUGGGUACUUCCAGAUGUUAUGAAGUAAUUUCAGCAGAUUUGAUAAUUAAUUAAAUCUGUCUACAUAUUUGUUGAGAGAUUUUAUAAAGUUAAAUGCGCAAAUUCUUGUAAGUA